UCAAUUCUGCAAGUGGUUCUAAUUUACUAUCGCUGUUCUCUAGCUGGUCUAAAACUGCUUUUGACCUAAAGGGACACUUUUUGGGCGCCAUGGACAUUUCUCAGUUUCCAGGCAGAAAGAACAGUAAAAAUGCAGGCAGGGCACAGGACAAAGCACUAGGGACAAAAUGUAUGUGAAAUGGUUUGAUACAGUAAUGUUUUACUAUGUGAUUUUUUUAAAAUGUUUAAAUUUCCCGCCGGUUACGUUCCCGUAUGUCCCGACGUCACAGGGAACGGAACCCAGAAGACAGAUGCCGGCAUUGGCCGGAGGAGAUAGCCAGGGUUGCUGAAGGGGGGACAU